UUUAUUUAUGCUAUAGUUUCUUCACAUGUUUUUCAAUAAUCGUGUUCAUUCUAAGAUUAACCAAUCUUCAUUAUUUUUCACCACCAAUUUUGACUCUUGAACAACCAUGAAACGAACUCGAUCUCAAACCAAAUCCAUUCUCACCCCCAACCACGACCCAAAACCCCCAAUCAAAACCCUAAUCUCUUCCAAAAUCCCAUUCCCCGUUAAAAAAAUCCCCAAACUCACCAUCAAAAACAAACAACCAAAUUUUCCUCUCCCCACAACACCACCACCACCACCACCAACAAUUGCAAAACCAUUAUCAUCCCACGGUGAACUCGAAUCCGCCCUCAACCACCUCCGCUCCGCCGACCCACUCCUCUCAACCAUCAUCAACACCCUCCCUUCCCCCCAAUUCUCAACCAACACCACCCCUUUCCUUUCUCUCAUCAAAACCCUAAUCUCCCAACAAAUCUCCACCAAAUCCGCAUCGUCAAUCGAAAACCGUUUCAUCUCCCUCUUUCAAAACCAAUCCUCAAUCCUCCCCGACGCCGUUUUAGCCCUCUCCCCAACCCACCUUCGUCAGAUAGGAAUCUCGGGACCCAAAGCAACCUACAUUCACGACCUUUCCAGCAAAUACGCUAAUGGGUUUCUCUCUGACUCAUCGAUUAUCGAAAUGGACGAUGAAACACUGUACGAGAAACUAACCUCGGUUAAGGGAAUUGGACCUUGGUCGGUUCACAUGUUUAUGAUUUUCACACUUCAUCGUCCUGAUGUUUUGCCUGUUGGGGAUCUUGGUGUGAGGAAAGGUGUGCAAAAGUUGUAUGGGCUUAAGGGUUUGCCUUCACCUUCGCAAAUGGAGGUUUUGUGUCAGAAAUGGAAGCCUUAUAGGUCGGUUGGAACUUGGUAUAUGUAUAAGUUGGUGGAAGCUAAAGAGGUUUUGCCAAAUCCUAGUACCAUCUUGUGUUAACCAUUUGUUAGUCUAGUUAAUCUUAGUGUUUUUGUAAGCAAUGCUGGUUUCAAGUUCUAACUAACAUCUGCUUUUUGGUUUUUCAUUUUUUGCUGUGUUACUUUUGUUAGUAUUUGAACUUGUGUCUGGUUUGUAAUAGAAUUGAUUAAUGCUGUGUAUUUGAUGUUUAGUGAAAAAUUGAUCAUCAAUUGGGUGGGAAAAUCUGGUUGAAGCCUAAA